AUGCAGGCCGGGAAGAGCGCCAUGGAGGCCACCAAGGAGGCUGCCGCCAACGUCGGCGCCUCGGCGUACUCCGGCAUGGAGAAGGCCCGGGCCGCCGUCCAGGGGCAGGCGGAGAAGGCCACGGCGCACAACGCGUCCGACAAGGAGGCGGCGGAGGUGAGGAUGCGGGAGCGCGUGCGGGGGGCGGAGGAGGAGAAGCAGAACGCCAUGCUCGCCAACGCCGCCGCCAAGGAGCGGGCCAGCGCCGGGACGUACCACCCGUCGCAGGGCGCACCGGGGAUCGUGCCGGGCGGCGCCGCUGCGGGUGGCCACGUAGAGGACGGCGUCGCGGAGAGCCGGCCGGUCGGCCUGGCGACGGGCACCGGGAGGCCCAGCGCCGCGCAUAACCCGCAUGUAGGAAGCGACUUCCCGCAGGCGCGCGGCACCGGCGGCCAGUACCAGUGA